AGAAAUACCUUGUUGUUAUAACUUUGUAAUAGCAAUCGAUUAUUAAAAUGGACCUUAUGCAACCCGGAGUGGAUCAGCAGGCUGGUCAGAUGAUUAAAGACGAACUGGCGGAAAAAUGCCAAAAAUUAUUCCAGGCUUUUUUGGAAGAAUUCCAGAAUAGUGAUGGAGAGGUAAAAUACCUGCGGGACGCAGAGGAGUUGAUCCGACCCGAGAGGAACACACUCGUGGUCAGUUUUACCGACCUGGAGGGAUUUAAUCAAGAAUUGGCAACCGCCGUCCAGGAGGAAUUCUACAGAUUUUACCCCUACCUGUGCCGUGCUGUGCGUAACUUUGCUAGGGAUCAUGGGAAAAUCCCCUCCUCCAAGGAAUUCUAUGUUGCUUUCCAGGAUCUGCCAGCCAGACACAAGAUCCGUGAGUUGACCACGGUGAAGGUCGGCUCAUUGGUGCGGAUCAGUGGUCAGGUUGUCCGUACUCACCCUGUUCACCCUGAGCUGGUGAGCGGGACGUUCCUGUGUCUGGACUGUCAGGGAGUGAUAAAGGAUGUGGAGCAGCAGUUUAAAUACACUCAGCCGAGCAUCUGUCGCAACCCUGUCUGCAACAACCGCAGACGUUUCCUCCUUGAUACAAACAAGUCCAAAUUCAUUGACUUCCAGAAGGUACGUAUCCAGGAAACACAAGCGGAGCUGCCUCGGGGCUCAAUUCCACGUAGUAUGGAGGUGAUUUUGCGGGCGGAGGCUGUGGAGUCAGCACAGGCUGGUGAUAAAUGCGACUUUAUUGGUUCCCUCAUCGUUGUGCCUGAUGUAUCUCAGCUGGCCACGCCAGGUGUGCGCACUGAGACCAGUUCUCGUACAGCUGCGACACAGGGUUAUGAGAACGAGGGUGUGCGUGGACUCAAAGCACUGGGUAUCAGAGAACUCUCCUACAGACUUGCCUUCUUGGCAUGCCACGUAGCCCCAACCAAUCCCAGAUUUGGUGGUAAGGAGAUCCGGGACGAGGAGCAGACGGCAGAGAGUAUUAAGAACCAGAUGUCGGUACAGGAAUGGGAGAAGGUAUUCGAGAUGAGCCAAGAUAAGAACCUCUACCACAACCUCUGCACCAGCCUCUUUCCUACCAUUCAUGGCAAUGAUGAGGUCAAGCGGGGAAUACUGCUCAUGCUGUUUGGAGGUGUUCCUAAAACCACCAUGGAGGGCACGUCUCUGAGAGGAGACAUCAACGUCUGUGUCGUAGGAGACCCCAGCACAGCCAAGAGCCAGUUCCUCAAGCACGUUGAGGAGUUCAGUCCACGGGCGGUGUACACCAGCGGUAAAGCCUCCAGUGCGGCUGGUCUCACAGCUGCUGUGGUGAGAGACGAGGAAUCGCACGAGUUUGUCAUUGAGGCUGGAGCGCUGAUGCUGGCUGACAAUGGUGUUUGCUGCAUUGAUGAGUUUGAUAAGAUGGAAACGAGAGACCAGGUUGCCAUCCACGAGGCUAUGGAACAACAGACAAUCUCCAUCACCAAAGCAGGUGUCAAGGCCACUCUGAAUGCUCGCACAUCCAUCUUGGCUGCGGCGAACCCAGUAGGUGGACGCUACGACCGCUCCAAAUCACUCAAACAGAAUGUCAACCUGUCUGCACCCAUCAUGUCCCGUUUCGAUCUCUUCUUCAUCCUGGUGGAUGACUGUAAUGAGGUCACUGAUUAUGCCAUUGCCAGGCGUAUAGUGGACCUCCAUUCCAGGAUUGAGAGUUCUGUUGACCGCAUGUACAGUCUGGAUGAGAUUCGCAGAUAUUUGCUCUUUGCCCGCCAGUUCAAACCAAAGAUCUCAAAGGAGUCUGAGGAAUUCAUUGUGGAGCAAUACAAGCAUUUGAGACAGAGGGACGGCUCUGGAAUCACUAAAUCGGCCUGGAGGAUCACAGUCCGCCAGUUGGAAAGCUUGAUUCGUCUCUCUGAGAGCAUGGCCAGGAUGCACUGCUGCGAUGAGGUUCAGCCAAAGCAUGUCAAGGAGGCUUUCAGGCUUCUGAACAAGUCUAUUAUUCGGGUCGAGACUCCUGACAUAAACCUGGAUCAGGAGGAAGAGGAGGCCAUGGAGGGGGAAGGCAACAAUCCCAUGAAUGGACAUGAUGUACCAAACGGUGUGAUCGGAGCUGUGAAUGGAGAAGUAAAUGGUCAUGAGCACACAAACGGUAUUAACAGUCAUGAGGUCAAUGGAGAAAGUGCUAAACCAUCGAUGCGUCUGUCGUUUGCGGAGUACAAACGGAUUUCUAACUUGUUGGUGCUACACCUGCGCCGUUCAGAGGAAGCUGAGGAUGAGGCUGCACUUACAAAAAGUGCAGUAGUGAAUUGGUACCUGAAGGAAAUCGAAUCAGAGAUUGAUUCAGAAAUGGAACUCAUCAAUAAGAAGACAAUUAUAGAGAAAGUUAUCCACAGACUGGUUCACUAUGAUUAUAUUCUGAUUGAGCUGACACAGUCUGGGCUGAAAGGUUCUGUUGAGUCCAGUGGAACAGAAACCCAGGAGGAAGAUGUUACUCUUGUGGUCAACCCAAAUUACACGUUUGAUGACUAGACCAUAUUUUGAUGCUACAUUCUCUGCUGUACAAACAGUGUACAUCUGUUUAUUACAUUCAAGAUAAGGAUGUUUAAUGGGAUGGUGUUUUGUCAAUUAAGCAGCCCUCUUCAGUCACUUCUCUGUAAAUAAUUUCUUUGCUGAUUAUUGCCUUUUUUACUUUUUCUAUGGAGAUUGAUUUUCCUCUAUGUUUGAAUUGUUUCCUAAAGAUGGUUAUAUCCAACUUCAUUUUAAAAAGGAGCUGUGACCUUGAACAAAAAUAUUCAUUUUGUAAAUAUGUUUAUUGUUUUUAGUGUGCUAGUGUUUUUAGAAUAUUUUAUGAUGUUAUUAAUAAACCUGCAUAAAAUGCUUUGUCAAAAUAAGUUCUAUUCAUUA